AUGGCUUCAGCGCGCUUGGAUAAAUUCCAUAAAAUACUAGAAAGUCCACAGAUAGAUAUCACCAGUCUACAAAAGCUCAGCUGGGCUGGUGUGCCUAGCGCGUUGCGAUCUACCGUUUGGCCCCUCUUAUUAGGUUAUCUGCCGACGAAUAGUAGCAGGCGAGCUACUACUUUAUCAAAGAAGCGUCAGGAAUACGCGACAGCUGCACAAAAUGCAUUUGAUCGCCCAUUAGAUGGUAAACUUUGGCAUCAGAUUGUUAUUGACGUACCACGCACAAAUCCGGGAAAUCAACUUUGGCAGAGGGAAGCCGCACAGCGUUCCCUAGAGAGGAUAUUAUACGUAUGGUCAAUUAGACAUCCUGCCUCUGGUUAUGUACAGGGUAUUAACGAUCUUGCAACUCCUUUCUAUGAGGUUUACUUAAGUACUUACAUCAAUGGAGACGUCCAGGAAUGCGAUCCAAGUCAACUGAAUGACGAUCAGCUUUCAACUAUCGAAGCUGAUACCUUUUGGAGUCUCAGCAAACUCCUAGACGGUAUACAGGACAACUAUAUCAUCGCACAACCAGGUAUAAUGCGGCAAGUCAAACGCCUCAACGAAUUAACACGAAAAGUGGAUCCAGAACUUUCACAACAUUUCGUUGAGCAAAAUGUUGACUUCAUACAGUUCAGUUUUCGCUGGAUAAAUUGUCUACUCAUGCGUGAAGUAAAAAUGGCGAAUGUUAUAAGAAUGUGGGAUACAUAUCUGUCUGAGGGUACCGAUAGCUUUAGUAGCUUUCAUACAUACGUUUGCCUAGCAUUUCUGGUGAAAUGGAGCAAAGAUCUCAAGCAAAUGGACUUUCAAGAGAUUAUAAUGUUUCUUCAAUCACCUCCAACUCAAACGUGGAAUGACAACGAUAUCGAAUUGCUUCUCUCUGAAGCAUAUCUCCUCAAAAUGGUUUGGCACGAUGCACGGUCACAUAUAAAUUAAGCAUAUCCGCAAGUACACAAGUAAUUUAGACAUUAAUUAUAUACCCUAUUUUAAUCAAAUAAGAAACAUUUAUGCAUGGAAAAGUUUUUGAG